AUGGCAAAGAAGCUCAAAUUUCUCGACCUAACAUGUUGUGGAUCCUUGGAAAAUACGGACUUCCUCUCGCCUUUUAAGAAUUUAGAGGUUUUGAUCCUCAAUUAUUGUACAAGCCUGCAGCAAGUUGACUCUUCGAUUGGAGACAUGAAGGACCUCGUUCGCUUGGACUUGAGCUACCGUUGGAAACUCAUGACGCUUCCGGAAGAAAUAGAUAUUUCUGGAACCGGUAUAGAAGAAUUGCCCGGAGGUAUUGGGAGGCCGAGAAAGCUCCGAGAGUUGCGUGCUUCGAGUUGCGAGAAUCCGAAAGGGGAAAGGAGAGAAAGCAUGUGCAAUCUUUCAUCCCUACAACGCCUUGAUGUUAGUGGCUGCAAGAAGCUCCAAUCUCUCGCGGACCUUCCUUCCACCUUAACAUAUUUGGGAGUCACCCGUCAAAGUCGCAAAUUGCCUUCACUCUCCCACCUAACCCGUCUCAAGGAGCUAAAAGUCACUUGCUGUGAAUUCAUCGAGUGCAUCCAGGAGCUUCCAUCAACACCACUAAAGAAUUCUGAAUGCUCCCAACCGACGGGUGUUGAAGAAUCGGAAUUGCCACAAUCCCUAAACACUCCCUUCAAGUUGGAAAUCUUGGAAGUCUGUGAAUGUGAAUCUAUUGAAAUACUGGACGUUUCACAGUUUAUCCAUCUAAGGACAUUAUCUGUCGAUCGUUGCUGGAAUUUACUUGAAGUUCGAGGUCUUGAUAAAUUGAAAUAUUUGGGAUCCUUGACCGUUGAGUCCCGCAAUUCGGUUGAACGGUUGGAGCUUUCAAAGUCCGAGGGUCCGUAUGAAGUGCACGUUAAAGAUUGCGCAAACUUAGCCGAAAUUCAAGGCCUCGAUAGGUUAGAGUUUUUGGAACAUCUAGAUAUCACCGGAUGCGCUUCAAUUGAAAGGCUGGACCUUCCAAAAUCCGGGAUUAUGAAUAUGUUAGAUGCUAUAAACUGCGCAAAAUUAGCCGAAAUUCAAGACCUCGAUAGGCUGGAGUUUUUGGGAUGGCUAGAUAUCUCCGGGUGCGCUUCAAUUGAAAGGCUGAACCUUCCAAAAUCUAAUAGUCUCGAAGUACUUACGUUCGACUAUUGCGAAAGCUUAGUCGAAAUUCGAGGCCUCGAUGGGUCACAGUUCUUGGGAGAGUUGCAUAUCUCUUGUUGCACUUCAAUUGAAAGAUUGGACCUUCCAAAUUCGAUAGUCCUGGAGAACUUAAAUGCUGAUGGUUGCGAAAGCUUAGUCGAAAUUCGAGGCCUCGAUGGGUUACGAUUCUUGGAAGAGUUGAAUAUCUCUUCUUGCACUUCAAUUGAAAGAUUGGACCUUCCAAAUUCCGAUAGUCCGAAGAACUUAAAUGCUGAUGGUUGCGAAAGCUUAGUCGAAAUUCGAGGCCUCGAUGGGUUACAAUUCUUGGGAGAGUUGCAUAUCUCUUGUUGCACUUCAAUUGAAAGAUUGAACCUUCCACAUUUCAAUAGUCCGAAGAACUUAGAUGCUAGCUUUUGCGAAAGCUUAGUCGAAAUUCAAGGCCUCGAUGAGUUACCGUUCUUGGAAGAGUUGAAUAUCUCCUGGUGCACUUCAAUUGAAAGAUUGAACCUUCCAAAAUCCAAUAGUCUGAAGAACUUAGAUGCUAGCUUUUGCGAAAGCUUAGUCGAAAUUCAAGGCCUCGAUGAGUUACAGUUCUUGGAAGAGUUGAAUAUCUCCUGGUGCACUUCAAUUGAAAGAUUGAACCUUCCAAAAUCCAAUAGUCCGAAGAACUUAAAUGCUGAAUAUUGCAAAAGCUUAGUCGAAAUUCGAGGCCUUGGUUGUUUGGAGUUCUUGGAAGCGUUGAAACUCUCUUGUUGGACUUCGCUUGAAAGGCUACCAAACUUAUGUUGCUUUGACUCCUUGAAAAGUUUGACUAUCAACGGGUGUGACAAGCUUCAAGACAUACAGAGCCUAGAGAGAUUCUCAUCCCGCAAAAUUUUAUGGAUUGAUGAAUGCAAGUCCUUAGCAAAAUUACCGAACUUGUCAAGUUUUCGUGAUUUGCGAGAAUUGUUCCUGUCAAACUGUCAUGAACUUCGAGAGAUCCCGGGGCUUGAGGAGUCAAUAUCUCUAGAACGUAUUACUAUCUCGGGAUGUUCCUCGAUUGAGAUCCUACCGGAUUUGUCAUCAUGUACCCGCUUGAUGAGUCCGAUUGUGCGAGAUUGCGAGAAAUUGACCGAGAUUCGAGGGCUCGAGAAACCGGAGCAGCUAGCGGAAAUGGAUAUUUUCGGAUGCAAGUCACUUAAAACAAUUCCGGAAUUGUCUGGAAGGCAGCUUUAUCAAAAUUACGAGAGAAAGCCAUCUUUUUCUGUUAGGGCCCUUGGGGGGAUAGAAUUUGGAUAG